GUGAAUGCGGAAAUGUCAGACGCGGAAGUAAGCCAAAUAUAAAAGCAUGAGCUCAAAAUUACUGGUUGCACUAUGUGAAAGAAGCUUUUGCGAUAGAUGCAUGUAUUGUAGACAGCAAUUUGUAUAUCCAUACAUUUGAAUUCACAAAUUAGUUGUGAAAGCCGUGUGCGUUGUGCAAAUAUCAUGUCGUCAACUGAAGAGACUUUACUACGGGCGGUGGAGACUCCGCUCUUCUGGAUUGGCGCGUUGACUGCGGCCUAUUUCUCAGUGUGCUCCGUAUAUCGUUUGCUGUCAGGGUUUAGAGUUUGGGUGCUGGGAAAUGGACGGGUGGUAUCACCUGCUAAACUCGGAAAAUGGGCAGUUGUGACAGGAGCCACGGAUGGAAUCGGGAAAGCCUAUGCGGAGGAGCUGGCUCGGAGGGGAUUUUCCAUUGUGCUAAUCAGCCGCACCCAGGAGAAACUGGAUGAUGUGGCCAAGUCCAUCGAGAGCAAAUAUGGCGUUGAGACCAAAUCCAUUGCUGCAGACUUCAGUGCGACGGACAUAUAUCCCAAGAUUGAAGCUGGACUUACCGGGCUAGAGGUUGGCGUUCUGGUAAAUAAUGUGGGAAUGUCCUACUCCUAUCCGGAAUUCUUCCUCAAAGUUCCCAACCUGGAUAGUUUCAUCGACACAAUGGUGAACAUCAACAUCACGUCUGUUUGCCAGAUGACCCGUAUGGUGUUACCUGGGAUGGUAGAGAGGAAAAAGGGGGCCGUCCUCAACAUCUCUUCUGCCAGUGGGAUGUACCCUUGUCCCCUCCUCACGGUCUACUCUGCCUCCAAGGCUUUUGUGGACUUCUUCUCCCGGGGGCUGGAGGCUGAGUACAAGAGCAAAGGGAUCCUCAUCCAGAGUGUCCUGCCGUUCUUCGUGGCCACCAAGCUGAGUAAGAUCCGGCGGGCCACACUGGACAAGCCCAACCCUGCCCGCUAUGUGGCCGCGGAGCUCAACACGGUGGGGCUGCAGAGCCAGACCAACGGCUACCUGCCUCACGCAGUCAUGGGCUGGCUGACCACUGUGCUGUGCCCUGCCAGGCUCCUGAACCGCUACAUCAUGGGGUUACACCUGGGGAUGCGCUCACGCUACCUGAAGAAACAGAAACAGGGCUAGAAACAGGGCUAGAGACACUAUCAGGGGAAGGAGGGGCAGGUAUGGACAGAGGGGACCAACCUGAAUCUACCUGCUCCAUUCUUGCAUACCCCUCACGGACCAAGGACAGGGCUGGCAAGCUGCUAGUGUGCGUUGCAUUUAGUCUACUGUGUUCUGGCUUGGGUAAUCAUUUCUAUGGAGGAACGUCCUGGAGUUGAAACAUUGACAAGGCACUUAAACAUAAUGCACUAAGUUCAAUUAAACUGCAUUUUUUUUCCCCCUUAUGGACAGGUAUUAGGAGCUGUGCUUGUGAGCUACCACUUAAAAAAACAAUACUAGUUGCGACUUAUUCCUUCAAUGUUUUAUUGUUGGCGUCGUGUUGAACUCAGCAAAACCAAAUAUUGAAAGAAAUGGAUUUGAGUCAUUCUGAAACUCUCAAUUGGCAAAGGGCAGGAAAAUAAAUGUUCUCCCUGGAUUGCUUUACAAUGAAAAGGUUGUUGUGUACAAAUCAUGUAUUAAUGAACCUACAAAAGGGAGGAUAAGGAGACAGUUAACGGAACAGUUCCUUUUUGAAUACUGGAUGUAUUGAAGGUUGUCUGCUAGCAUGUCGGUAUGGUAGGUAGUUAACACACCAGAAACUAGGGAAUGGGUUGAGUUAGCCCAGUCGUGUUUGAACUGACUGGUUGGUCUUCAAUACAGAAGGGACUCAACUUACAAGCUGUUCUCUGGUCAUCAAGGCAGUGUCUCAACAAAAGAAAAGUAGAUACAAGCUGUUUAACAGUUCAGGCCAUUUACUGUUGAACCAAAUGUCUUGUCCAACUGUUUUGUUCUCGUUACUUUCUAUCAAGCAGUCAGUGGUCCGUUAACAGAUGUUUCUUAACACGCUGUCUGUUUUUUGAACUCUAAGCGUUUCAUUGUACAACAUAAUGCCACUCAUCUUUCUCCAUGAGCUCACCAAGGUGACACAUUAAUAUUGUCUUCUGUUAUUUGGUUGUGUUAAUGAAAGCUUUGCAUUUGAUACAUUUAGGUAACAAGGUCUUUAACAUUGUGAGAAUUGUAAGGUUUGGUUGAGAGCUCGUGAAUUUUCCCGGUCUGUCACGCUCGCAUCAAUAAAACACUGUUCAACCAUC